CUCAUUCACACGCGUCUCUGCAGCAGAUGCACGGUGAAGCUUCUCCGGCGAGAUGAGUGGGCGAGUUGGUGACCUUUGCCUGAAGCAGGCAGAAGCCCUGAAUGAGUUCCGGGACAGAUUGCAGGACAUUCUGCCAAACCUUCCCGCGCAGGAUGACCAUUACCUCCUCCGCUGGCUCAGAGCACGUAACUUUAACGUUUUAAAAGCCGAAGUGAUGAUUAGGAAGCACCUGGAGUUCAGGAAGCAGAUGAAAGUAGAUACAAUCAUAUCUGACUGGAAGCCUCCAGAGGUGAUUGAGAAAUAUUUUUCUGGGGGGAUGUGUGGAUAUGAUCGCGCGGGAAGUCCUGUCUGGUAUGAUGUCAUUGGCCCCUUAGAUCCCAAAGGUCUGCUUCUGUCAGCUACUAAGCGGGACUUCAUGAAGACCAAGAUCCGAGACACAGAGCGUCUCCAGAGGGAGUGUCAGAGACAAUCUGAGAAGAUGGGGAAGAAUAUUGAAGCCAUUACUCUGAUCUAUGACUGUGAAGGGCUUGGGCUCAAGCACAUUUGGAAGCCUGCAGUAGAAACCUAUGGAGAGAUUCUAACCAUGUUUGAAGAAAACUAUCCUGAGGGGUUGAAAAGAGUGUUUCUUAUAAAAGCUCCUAUGAUUUUUCCGAUGGUCUACAAGCUGCUCAAACACUUUCUGCGUGAGGAAACACAAUGCAAGAUUUUCGUUUUGGGAGAUAACUGGCAGGAAGUGUUACGUCAGCAUAUUGAUGCAGAUCAGCUUCCCAUGGUGUAUGGUGGAACUCUUACUGACCCUGAUGGAAACCCCCACUGCCAAACUAUGAUCAACUAUGGUGGUACCGUCCCCAAGUCAUAUUAUGUUCAGGACUCAGUGAAGGUUCAGUAUGACAGCAGUGUGACCAUCGGCCGUGGUGCCACGUUACAGCUUGUGUAUGACGUCAACACCUCCAACAGCCUUUUGAGGUGGCAGUUUGCCAGUGAUGGAGCUGACAUCGGGUUCGGCGUCUACAGGCAGACCCAGAGAGGGGGCAGUGAAAAGGUGGCUGACAUGCUGGAAGUGCUACCGAGUGAACGUUAUAACGCACACCUUGUUCCAGAAGACAGCUCACUCAUCUGCUCAGAGCCUGGAGUUUAUGUGCUGUGCUUUGAUAACAGCUAUAGCCUCCUGCAGCCCAAGAAGGUGAGCUACAAAGUGGAGGUUCAUCCUCCUGCAGACAGCCCCACCCAGAGCCCACAGAGCAGCCAGCAGUGAUGGAGUGUCCCGUCUCCACUACCACCUGCAAAAUACCCAUAACACGUGGUGAAACUCUCUGACCCCGAAUUUAAAGUGAUGUGAUUGGCUGACAAUAUUCACUCUCUAUGAUUUUGUAUCCAGUUGUUUAAGUAGAACGAUAUCGACCUGAACAGGACAACUUAGGGCAUCGACCAAAAUAUUAAACUGAAUUAUAGUAAACGUAACAAACAUUUCAUGCAGCGCCACCUCAACAGCAUCUUUUCCUUUUUUCAUUUCAAACAAAGUAGAUUUAUGGAAGUUUGGUCAUUUUGUGUUGUAAUGAAUCAAAACUUCCUCAAGCCCUCAGGCAGCUCUGAGCAGACACAACACGAGUGUGACAUGGUGCAUGAAUACUGUGCAGGGACAAAUGCCUCGAACAUCACAUUAUAAACAUUAUAAACAGAGCUGGUGCUGGAUCGGCUGGGAGAGCCUGGUCUGCCGCGACCUGUGGGCCCAGGGACCACCGCCCUGCCUGGAGCUGUGCCCAUAAAGGAAACGCCAAGGGCGGUCUGACAGGAGGCGGAAGCGGGGCAGGCUAAGCUAACUGCUAGCCCACCGGCAGUUCCGAUAACACCGAGGGCGGUCUGGCGGCGGCCUUGCCUAGCCUGUGUUUUUAGUGUCAUCGUGUGGAGUGUGGGGAGGCGUGUUGAAGGUGUCUGGCUGGGAGAGCUGGCGCUGGAGCAGCUGGGAGAGCUUGGUCUGCUGCAUCCUGUGGGCCCAGGGACCACGGCCCUGCCUGGAGCUGUGCCCAUAAAGGAAACACCGAGGAUGCAGAAGCGGGGCAGGCUAAGCUAACUGCUAGCCCACCGGCAGUUCCGAUAACACCGAGGGCGGUCUGGCGGCGGCCUUGCCUAGCCUGUGUUUUUAGUGUCAUCGUGUGGAGUGUGGGGAGGUGUGUUGAAGGUGUCUGGCUGGGAGAGCUGGCGCUGGAGCAGCUGGGAGAGCUUGGUCUGCUGCAUCCUGUGGGCCCAGGGACCACGGUCUCGGCUGGAGCUGUGCCCGAAGAGGAAACACCGAGGGCGGUCUGACAGGAGGUGGAAGCGGGGCAGGCUAAGCUAACUGCUAGCCCAUGCAGACCAGCAGCUCCCACAGUCAUCCUGGCUGGCGGUCGCUCUGCUGGACAGUGGUUUUUGAUGUUUAGAUAUGUGUGUUAGUGUGGGUAUGUGUGUUCUUGUUGCUCUUGUAGGUUUUGGACUUGUGUUUUUGUCUCUGUGUUGCACUGCUGUGGGCUGGGGAAACCAUGUUUCAUGUGCGCAAGUGCAUGACAUGAAAUGACAAAUAAAGGGUUUCUGACUCGG